AUGAAGGUUGCCAUUCUCUUCGCCCUUGCCGCCGUGGCAAGCGCCGGCCACUUGCACGCUCCCGUCGUGCACGCCGCAGCUGUCCUCGAGUCCGGACACUCCACUCAGCACCGCACCCAGGACCUGGCCGGCAACUACAAGUUUGGCUACAAAGAGAGCCACACCAGCGGCGGCUCCUUCCGUCAGGAGGCCGGAGAUGCCUGGGGCAACAAAGUCGGCUCUUACGGCCUGACUGACGCGGACGGCCGCGUCCGUGUCGUCAAGUACGUCGCCGACGGCCACGGCUUCCGCGCCUCUGUACACACCAACGAGCCCGGCACCGCCGCCUCCCAUCCCGCUGCCGCCUCCUUCGACGCUCCCCACAAAGUCGCCGCUGUCGGCGUCGCCGUGGCUGCCCCGGUCGCUAAGGUUGCCGUCGCCGCUCCCGUCUUGGCCGCUCCCGUCGCGGUCGCUCACGCCGCCCCCGUCGCGGUCGCUCACGCCGCCCCCGUUGCGGUCGCUCACGCCGCCCCAGUCGCCGUGGCUCACUCUGCUCCCGUUGCUGUGGCCCACGCUGCCCCCGUAGCUGUCGGCUACGGACACGGAUACGGAUACGGACACGGGCUUGGUCUUGGCUAUGGUCUCGGCCACGGCUAUGGCCACGGCGUCGCCGUUGUUGGUCAUGGAUACGGACUUGGCUACGGUCACGGUCUUGGGCUUGGUCUCGGCUACGGACAUGGACUCGGAUACGGCGGCUUCAAGCACUACUAA